AUGCCAUCCAAAACCCCGAAAGUCCCCAAUUUGGAUCUGAGCGCAGCCAAGUCCGACUCGAAAAAUGCCCAAGUUUCAUCUCUGUCACCAGGCGCCCAGAACUCCGACAACCUGAGUCCCUUGACACCGCGUUCGCCAAGAUCCAUGCCCGGCUCGCCGGUAAUCGACGGUACAACAAUUCGCCCAGUGAAGGAGGAUUCGAGCAGCAAAAACACAAGCCCAAUGUCAUCGCCUAGCCACCUAGCUGUCGAUAAUGAGCUCAAUGAGACAUUAACUGAACCGUCGACUCCUGGCAUUACAGCUAUUCCCCAAUAUCCAUCUCCGAAGCAGUCUCCUAAACAUACCAGAGACGCGUCACGGUCAUUCUUUGGCCAGCUGAAAGCACCAAAAUCGUCCCACAAAACACAGCGUUCGGACGGCUCAGACAUUUCAACAGAGCCACCAAAAAGCCGAGGUCACUCUAGCAGGGGCCAUUCGAGCCGUGGGGCUUCAAGAGACGGGAAACAGCCUCUGCCACAGAGGUUGUCAGAGUCGACUCCCGAUUUGCCUACACUCUUACUUCAGGCAGAAGAAGCAGAGAAGAAUCUAGAUUCUGUCGGCCAUGGUACCGUGAACAGCAGCAAACACGCCGCCGAGGCUGAUUCCGUCCCUGCGAAAAAGAACAAGCGAUUCGCUAAUCUUUUGACACGGUCUCGCUCCAUUCGAGUGGACGAUAACGCCGCGAAUAGACCCAUGCCACGAAGGCCAUCACUUGGUCUGGCCAAGCUCGAGGAAUUCAAGCCUGAGUCGCAAAAAGCCCACUUUUCCCCUACCACUGUACAGCCUGAACGAUCUAGAUUGGCAAUUCCCGCGGAUAGUCCUUCAGUCCGGAGAGACAAGUCCACCGGUGGUUCCAUGGUCCCCUCACACUCUUUGAGCCAGGUUUCCGGUGUUUUCAAUACAUUCAAACAAUCAUCCAGUGGAGCCGCAGAUCAUCUGGGCAAGGCUGGGAAGGGUUUCCUCAAAAAGAUCACUCGGAGCGGCAGCACCAACGAGCGCGAUCUCGUCACCGACGACAAUUAUGUUUGCAGCACCAUCAGCCUCCCGUUGUUUGAGCAAGCGAGAAAGACAAGAAUUGCCAAGAAAUUGGAAGAUUGCAGAGACAAGACAGAGUUCUGGAUGCCUGCUCUUCCAUAUCGCUGCAUUGAUUACCUCAACUUCAAAGGCUGUGAGGAGGAAGGUCUUUACCGAGUUCCAGGAAGUGGUAAAGAAGUCAAGUAUUGGCAGCGCCGGUUUGAUACAGAGUUGGAUGUUGAUUUGUUCGAUGUACCUGAUCUUUACGACAUCAACACGAUCGGGUCUUUGUUCAAAGGCUGGCUUCGAGAACUGCCGGAUGAGAUUUUCCCCAAGGCGACUCAAGAUUUGAUCGCUCAAAAAUGCGAAGGAGCCACCAGUGCGCCUCAGCUGCUCCGCGAUGAACUUUCUAAGUUGCCGCCUUACAACUACUAUCUGCUCUUCGCCAUUACCUGCCACCUGAACCUUCUUCACUCUUACGUGGACCAAAACAAGAUGGACUAUCGCAACCUAUGUAUCUGCGUACAGCCUUGUAUGAAGAUCGAUACAUUCUGUUUCCAGUUCCUGGUCUGUGACUGGAAGAACUGCUGGCAGGGGUGCUGGACCGAGAAGGAGUGGGUCCAAAAAGAGAAGGAAUUGGACGAGGCAGAAGCGAGGAAGGCCGAAGAAAAGGCACCAGUCAGUGAUGAAAGGGCGAUCUCAUCAAGCUCCAGCUCGGAGGAGAAGGAAAAGCCUCGUCCUCAGACCCGUGACCGAGGCCGAGGCCGCAAAGCUCGGCCGAAGGACAUCGAGACCUCCCACACCUCCCACACCUCCCACACCACCCACACCGCACACACCGCACACACCUCGCACACCCGAAGCGUCUCACAACUUCCAGAACUCGGACCUCCACUGUCUCCGAUUAAAAUCUAG